UGACAGAGAGGAGAAAUGGCGCAGCAGGCAGUUCAUGUGGACCAAGAAACUUUCUCCUGUUUCAUCUGUGUGGAUCUACUGAAGGAUCCGGUGACGAUUCCCUGUGGACACAGUUACUGCAUGAACUGUAUUAAAAGCUUCUGGGAUGGAGAGGAUCAAAAAAGAAUGCACAGCUGCCCUCAGUGCAGGAAAACCUUCGUAUUCAGGCCGAUCCAGGAGAAGAGCACCGUGCUAGCAGCUUUAGUGGAGCAGCUGAAGAAGACUGGACUCCAACCAGCUCCUGCUGAUCCCCGCUAUGCUGGACCUGAAGAUGUGGCCUGUGAUAUCUGCACUGGGAGGAAGCUGAAAGCCCUCAGGUCCUGUUUGUUCUGCCUCAUGUCUUUCUGUGAGAAUCACAUUCAGUCUCAUUAUCAUUUAGAUACUUUAAAGGAACACAAGUUGGUGGAGCCGUCCAAGAACCUCCAGAAGAACGUCUGCUCUUGUCAUGAUAAGUUGUUGGAGAUUUUCUGCUGCACUGAUCAGAAGUUUAUCUGUUAUCUCUGCUCUGUGGAGGAACAUAAAGACCACGACACAGUGUCAGCUGCAGCAGAAAGGACUGAGAGGCAGAGAGAGUUGGAGGAGAGACGAGGAAACAUCCAGCAGAGAAUCCAGGACAGAGAGAAAGAUGUGAAGCUGCUUCACCAGGAGGUGGAGGCCAUCAAUCACUCUGCUGAUAAAACAGUGGAGGACAGUGAGGAGAUCUUCACUGAGCUGAUUCGUCUCCUCCAGGAAAGAAGCUCUGAUGUGAAGCAGCAGAUCAGAUCCCAGCAGGAAACUGAAGUGAGUCGAGUCAAAGAUGUUCAGGAGAAGCUGGAGCAGGAGAUCACUGAGCUGAAGAGGAAAGACGCUGAGCUGGAGCAGCUCUCACACACAGAGGAUCACAACCAGUUUCUCCUCCACUACCCCUCACUGCCAGCACUCAGUGAGUCUACACACUCAUCCAGCAUCAACAUCCGUCCAAUCAGACACUUUGAGGACGUGACAGCAGCUGUGUCAGAGCUCAGAGAGAAACUACAGGACGUCCUGAGAGACUCAUGGACAAACAUCUCACUGAUGGUCACUGAGGUGGAUGAUCUACUGUCAGAACCAGAACCAACAACCAGAACUGGAUUCUUAAAAUAUUCACGUGAAAUCACUCUGGAUCCAAACACAGCACACAGAAAUCUGGUUCUAUCAGAGGAGAACAGGAAGGUGACGCUGCUGCAGCAGCAUCAGUCUCAUUCUACCGAUCCAGACAGAUUCACUGAUAAACCUCAGGUUCUGAGCAGAGAGACUCUGACUGGACGAUGUUACUGGGAGGUGGACUGGAGAGGAAAACUAGUUCGUGUUGCCGUCGCUUACAAGAAUAUCAGCAGAGCAGGAAGAAGGAAUAAAUCUUUAUUUGGAGGUAACGACAAAUCUUGGGCGUUAACUUGUUCCCAAAAAGGUUUUAACUUUUUUCACAACAACAUCUGGAGCUCCAUCUCAGGUCCAGUUUCCUCCAGAGUGGGAGUGUAUCUGGACCACGCAGCAGGUCUUCUGUCCUUCUACAGCGUCUCUGAAACCACGACUCUGAUCCACAGAGUCCAGACCAGAUUCACUCAGCCGCUGCAUGCUGGGGUUUAUGUAGGGGAGGUUUGGGAUUCUGCAGAGUUCUGUAAACCCAGACAGAUUUCCUCUCUUCUCUGAUUAUUGAUCAGAGUUCAUUGAUCUGAUGUUUCAGCUGUUCUGCUCUUCUCUGUUUAAAUGUAUUUCUCUGCGUUGCAGGAGCCACACUGGAAAUCACUGCUGAUGUUUUCUUUCAUUCUUUAAUGGCAGAAAUAUUAGACCAACACAAAAUGUAAACUUCUUUGGCUCUGAUAGUUUUGAUGUAUUUAGAUGUUCUGGUUUCUCUUCCACUGUUCUGCAGAAUAAAUAUUGUUCCUGUUUAAAUCCGUUGAGAUUGUAGUGAACUAAACUUUCUUCUGUUUUCCUUAUUAUAAUCCAAAGAAACUGAAUUCAACAUCAACUAUGAAGUGAUGCUGUUUUAGUCCAAUUCUUUAGAUUCUUUGUCUUUCUUCUGUAAAACAUCUUGAUUGUAGAGAAAUGCUGAAGGUUUUUUCUUCAUUGUUACAAUAAAGUGUGAGUUCUGUCAGCCA